CUACCUACGAUCUACGAUUUCGCGCCCCACGCUGGCACCGAGGCGUAGCUAGCGUCGCAACAAUGCACCAUCUUUUCGCAAUUGCAUGUUACCCUUUCAAGCGCACCACCCCCCCUACUAUACCAGUACUGUGUAAUCAACUUCCCAAUCCAACCCCAAUGCGCGAGACAAUAUGCCCACUCGCCCACCCCGCCACGUCUCUCAAGCCUCAGCCCCGCUACUCUCACUCCACACGCACCGCCUUCCGCCUUCCUCACACUACCGUCACCUGUCCCCCUAAAUCCCGCAUCCACAUCCAUCGUGUGCCUGGCCCACACGUCGCAGUACCCGCUUCUGGGUAGCUAGUAGCUAGCUACAAGCCUCGUCCCGCAGCUCCCCCCGCGCAGCUAGCGCUAGUUAGUAGUUAGGCGCGUCAUCGUCCGUCGACCAACAGGCGGUGUACAUGUACCGUAAGCGGACACCCCCCCGGCGAGGUACUGUACUGGACAGCAAACAAGCUUUGCGCGGGAAGGCUUGUCGCGGGCGAUCGAAUCAGGGCUGCGACGGCGCGACCGGGUGCCAGCGCACGAGAGUUGGGCCGCGCGAUUGGUGAUGCGGGCAUGCGAUUCGGGGGGGUUUACGGGCGCUGGUAUGUGCGAUGAUGGCUGUGCUGCG